AUGGACUACUGCAACAAGUCUUGUCCUUCGUACCAGGUGUCCCAAGCUCAGCAGCUGCAAGUGGAUUCUAGCGUUGGAACUACGAUCGUUUGCAAUUGUAAAUGUCCUUUGGGCAGUUCGGACCCCAACUGCGCCGAUCCCAAUCAAGUUCCGAUACAGACGUCGUACAACCUGUCGACUGACAGUGCUCAGAACACCAUUCUGACGGUUAUCAAGGCAUCUGGAGUGUACAACUUUAUUGUCAAAGGAAUGAAAGAAUCUUCUAAAUCGUCAAACGCACUUUUUGUAGGUUCAUCCGAUACAGGUUUCUCAGGUCUUCUUGAUGCGUCUCUGUCUUAUUUUGAAAGCCUCGGGCUUACCAACUGUACUUUUGACGGACAAGGAGUCUGUCAAGCGACAUCCCAGUCACCAACGGCAAGAAGGAGACUCUUGUCCAGGGAGAAAUCUUCUUCUCAAUCAUACAACCUCCGCGCACAAACACCAACUUCAUCCUUCCAAGGAGUUGCCUCCCCCGUGCUUUGUAUCAAAGCUGGCAAUGGAGUCGUGUGGUCAGUCUCAUCCAACAACAUUUCAAGCCAUUAUCCUGUUUAUAACGUCAACUCACUUCUCAACACGAACCCUGCGUUUGACUAUGGUCCUUUCCUUCAACUAGCUACACAACUUCAGAAUGGGUUGGUCAUCGAUUCGUUUUUCUACAACUUUCAGGAUCCCGGAAUAUAUGUGUUUCACGACGCGAGUGAUGUAAGCAAACGAAUGGUUGUAGGUGUAGUCAAUCCAGUUCUUGACUGCCCAGCUGCUUUUGGAUCUGGAAAUGUGAUACAGCCUCUAUCAGCUUCGCUGAUACAAUCAUUCCCGUCAUCAGCUCCUUCCAUGAUGACCAGCCCGAAUUACAAUCUCAUCAUUGCACUUGCUGUUUCCUUUGGAUCAGUCCUGCUAUUCAGCGUAGUAAUCGUUCUUUUGAGAAAUCGCGUUGGAUGGGGAAUCACAAAUUCGAAAGGGCCAGCGCAUCGCAAGCUCAAGCUCAAUCUUGGUUCACAACGCGACAAUGUCAAGGCCGUACGAUCAACAGCUGUCCUCGAUGAGUUGCACAAACGUGACGACGGUUACAUUGAUCUUGAAGGAUUUAACGUGCAAAUGCUUUUUGACAAAUUGCAAGAUCAGACUUUGUUGGUGACAGAGCAACUUACACAACAAAAGAAUGAUGUAAGAGAGUUCUAUGACAAGCUCUCGCGAGAGACCUUGUCACUAAAGACAGUUAUGAACAUAAACUCGACUUCUAAGGAAAGUAAUCAUGAGCAAGUCCAAAAGGCUUUGAAUCGCAAGGAACGAAUUUUCUCAGAGAUCCAGCGAAGGAAGGAGAUUGGUGAACAUACAAAAUCUAUGUGUCAAACCGCGUUGAAAACUUUGGAGUCUUAUGUCCAGCCAGAUAUCAAUUUCUUCAACACAAGCGCACUUUCUUUGAAGGAGGCAAUCGAUUUGAUCCGUAAGAAAUGCAGGAACCAAGGCUCUUCAGACGACCUGCACCGUAUUCAAAGAGUUGUCAAUGAGACAAAAACGGUGGUGCAAAGAUGGAAAUCAGCCGGUGGGAUCUCGAAAGAGUUUGGCCUGGGGGCAAAACUGUUGGAUGGGAAGAGGAAAGUUUUGAAUAAGGUUGAUUUGAUCGACUCCUCUGGAAGGUUCAAACGACUGGAUGGAAUCCUUCAACUAGACUCUCUGACAGGCUUGACGGUUCCAUGCAGAGGGACGGAGAUGCAAGUAGCAAAGCACGUUGUUCCUGUUCCUGAUGACUGCUUUGUCCACCCUGCGACAGGACAUGUCUUGCCGAUUGAAGGCAAUCUUGUAUACAACGUGAGCGAAGGCAAACUUGAGCUUGUCUCAAACGUCUCAAUCGAAGGACUGAUGGAAAGACCGAUGUUCUACAUACGUAACAAGCAGAAUGCAGAGGGAGAUUCUUACCCAUCCAAGAAAGCUCCUUACACAAAUUUGCUUCCAGCAAAUAACUUCAGCCCUCCGUCCAACAAGAAAAGAAGCAUGCUGGAUCCUUUCACUGGGCUCGAAGUUGCCAUCCUCGGAGUCACUCACGAUCUCGAAACCGGAGAGCUUGUAGCCGUUGGGGGAAGUAUGCCUGACGCCGUGACGGGGAUCCUCAAGCCGAUCAGCCUCUAUGGGAUUAUGCAAGGAGUUCACUCGACAGCUCCUAUCUUGAUCACCGGAGUGAAGAUAGAUGAGAGAACAGUAGUCCCUGUGCCUGUGGGCGGAUGGUAUGACGUCAUGUGCUGUGAAGAUGAUUUCCUGACGUGUUGUCGCAGGCUGGACAAGGAUCCCUCUGAGCAAGGCAAACCGAUCUUUCUUGGAGCCGCUUUCAACGACGAGUUCUCUGGCCUCAAGCGGCACUGCACGAUGAGCCUGCCGGAUCCAUUGAACAGAAGCUGUGUGAUCCCGUACCAGAGCGACUUGCUGUUCCAUCUCAAGCUGAACCAUCACAAGCUUGUCGAAAGUUUGCUUCAGCAGACCGAGCAUCUCAGCCACGUUCUCCAACAGAAAUCGAAGAAUGAUCCACAAGAGAUUGAAGGUCUACUUAGAAAGCUGAACGAGACUGACCACAAGUACCACAAGAUCAGAGACGUGCUGCUAGGAGAGAUGAAUGGCCCAUGUCAGUCUCUAAAUGUUUGCAUAGCAAGCAUGAAAGCGCUGGCUGAAGAUGGAGGCCAAAGAGGGAGAUUUUUCGACCCAUAUUUGUCCGAGGAGCUUCCGAUCUUGCUAGGAUGUAAGAUGUAUGAUGAGCGACUGGAAGAUGAGGUGAUAGCGUUCGAGUUGCGGGAUGACGGACAGACCGACGAAGCUGAAGUAGGAGGCUGCAGGACCCUUGACCCUGUAACAGGGAAAGUGUCAACUGUGAGCAUCGGGGGUAGGAUGCGAGACAUCAAGACUGGCAGGAUCCUUCCUGUGACGCAUAUUACAAGAGAUGUGAGCACGAAAGAAGUCGUGCCAGACUCAAACCUCAGAAUCUUUGCCAAGGAGAAGAGCUACAAGGCAGAGAAUGGAGCUUCCAUGGAACUGAUUUCAGAGCUGCUGCAGAACCUCCUCUCGUCAAACAGCAACGGUCAACUUCUACAGGAGCUAGUGCACAACGCAAAGCAGCUCAGCCCCACCCGUGGGAAGAACGUGCAGUUCGAUCACUCGGUUCCACAUUCUCCUGAGUUGGACGGGUUGGAUCACCUGUACGAGAUGGCAGCGGACGACAUGCAUGAGUUGAUGACGGCGAACGAGCUUGAGACAGCUCCCACAUUCGAGGAGAAGCUCGAUGAGAUCAUAGCCGAUGUGAGGGCCAACAGCGAUGAGUCGCUGCAUGGAGAGAUGGUCGAGAACAAAGCCAAGGCGCUGCAGGAGAUGGAAGGAUAUUCUUCUCUGCUGGAUUCAUUGAGCCAAGAGAUCCUCCAAGAGCUUGAUGCCGCCAACGUGGGAGGCUCUCAAAAGGACAAUGAGAGGAUAGCAGAGAUUAUCUCGUCGCUCUUGCAUCACGAGAAGCAGAGGCAGAUGUCUGCAUACGAAAGACUCGCACUCUCUGCCUUCGAAAAAGCGGCAAGGAGAAGGUCAAACCAGGACCUUGAAGCGAGGAACCUCGAGGAGCUGGAGAGCAACGGUGAGAAUGUCUUGUUUGAGAAAGCCGCUCUCCGAAUUCAACAAGAUCAUGACCAAGAGUUGGCACGAACAACGGCAGAGAUCGCCAAGGAAAACAUCGAGAAGAGAAGCCGCGAGCUUGCACAGGAGCAAAAGCAUCUACAGCAAGCGUUGAUGUCUCUUGGACCCAUCACAGACGAGCAAGUUCAGCUGCUACUAGCAGAGUAUGACAAGACCGCUGACAGGUUGGAGGGUGUGAGCAGAAACGAGCUCAUCAAACAAACCUUCGAUGUCGAGAACAAGUUGGACUCCGCAAAAGGCCGGAAGCUUGCAAGGCUCCUUGAGAAGUCAGUUCAACCUGCCGCACAGGAGAGUCGUUGGAAGGCAAAGCUCGAUGAAGCAGAUGAUAUAGAAUUGGCAGACAUUCUUGAAAAGCAUGAUUACCUGCGAACAAGACUUGAGAAUGCUCUGAAAACUUACGAAGAAUCAGAAAAGAAAAUGUUUGAGCGACAAGUGGACGAAGAGAACCGAAGGAGCGAGAUGGAGCUAGAGUCCAGGUUCCUCUCUGCGCUGGAUCAAUCGGUGGAUGAAGAGGAGAAACAACGGAUCCUCACGAGAUAUACCACAGAUCUGACUGACUUGAAGCAGAAAUUAGAGACCGAUAAGAGGAAGCAAAUGAUGGACUUUGAAAACAGACUGCAACAGAAGCGAAAGAAGAAGCUGGAAGAGGAAUACUUGGCCAAGAUGAACCAAGAGGUGGACAUGUUGAAAAGCAAUGCGCCAAGAGGCGAGGCUCUCAAGUUGGGCUUAGAGAUUGAGAAUGCGGUCUAUCAAGAGAUCGAGAAUGCGAGGUUGGCUUCAGCCUUGUUGAGCCAAGACGAGGCAGAUCUUGAGUCCUUGAGACAAGGUCUGAAGUCGACAGAAGAAGCUCAGGUCUCCGAGCUCAUGAUCAACUUAAGCAAGGAAGUUCAAGAUGCGGACGCUGAGACCAGAAACAAGCUGAUCGCCAACCACGAGCUGAACAUGGCGAGACUGAAAGCAGAGCUCGUGAUCUCUCGGGGUCGAGAAGAAGAAGCUCUGGAGAAGAAGAUCCAGGCAAGAAGGCAAAAGCGGCAGAAGGCGCUGGAGGAUCAGCACCGGGAAGAGAAGAAGGCGAUGGAAGAGAAAGACUUGCAGGAGGCGCUCAAGGAGAUCGAGAGGAUCAAGGCGAUCUCGACUCACGCCAUCCGCCAGGAGGAGCAACGAGCUAAGGAACACCUCGACAUGUUGAACCGAGCCCAGGCUGAAAUCAAGUUGCUCCGCGAAGAGCUUGAUUCUAAAUCGAACAUGUCCAUAUCUGCAGAGGAGAGGAGGUUCGAAGACAAGCUGAAUGCACAGAACCUGUCCAAAGAAGAACGUGACCUGAUGAUCAGGAAGCAUGAAGACGAGAUAGGGCAUAUGAAGGCUCUGCUGAAGAUGGAUGCUGCCAAGCAGAUUGCUUCCUUGGAAAGCAAGCUGCAGGCAAGAAAGGCUAAGAAACAAAAAACGCUGGAGUCCAUGCACGAGCAAGAGACCUCCAAAGUUGAGCGUGAGUUCUCUUCGAUUUCAGCCUCAAUAAACGAAGCAGAAGCCAGGGGAGAGCAUGAAGUGGAAGCAGAGAUGGAGAAAGAAAUACAAGGACAGAUGAAAACUCUCUCUGAGAAGAUUGAUCAUCAACGAAACCUCAUGGUCGAAGAAGAAAAUUCCAAGUUUGAGGAUCAAUUGAAAUCUGCUGAGUACUCUGGGAUAACAGAUGCGGACAGGGAACAGUUGAUUCAACAGCACCAGCAGAACGUUUCGAAACUGACAGCAUACAUGGAGAUGGAGAAGAACAAGAAGGAGCAGGAAUUGAAAGACCGGCUCCAAGAAAGGAAGCAGAAGAGACUUCAGAAACUUGAGUUGGAGAAGCAGCGAAAGCAACAGGAGGAAGAGAUCGAUAGACAGCAAAAGGAGGAGAUGGCAGAACUCGAGAGAAAGCAUGAAGAAGAGAUGAAGCUGGAGAUGGAGAAAGUUGAGAUGGAACUACAAGUAGAACGAGAAAGAGAACAACAGAAGCUGGCAAGAGAGAUGUUGCUGUCCUCGGAAUUCAGUGACAGCAAACAGAAGAUGGAAGAGUCCAGCACAGAACGUGAGAAAUUGAUGGAGGACGCAGAAGAAAAAAUGAAUUUCAUGAAGAGCCGAAUGGAAGUUGAGAAGGAAAAGCAGGAGAAGCUGCUGCAAGAAAGACUGGAGAAGAAGGCCAAGAAGAAAAGGGAAGAGAUAGCGCGAAGACAAGCCAAGCAAAAGGAAGAAAAGCUUCUGGAGCAGAUACAGAGUGCUGAGACGAUUCUUUAUCAAGACGAUCAAUGGAAAUCAAUCGAGGAAGAAGAGAAAGGAGUCGUCCCACAAGCAAUGACCGAAGAGUUUGAGAAAAUGCUCCAAGCUGAGAAGGAAAAGAUUGAACAGGAAAUGAAAAAGACCAUGGAAGAACAACAAAGAAUGAGAGAAGAGUUGAAGAAAAAACAGGAGGACGAGCGAAGAUUGCUGGAGGAAGAGAUGAAACGGGAUCAAGAAAUCUUUGAAGAAAAUCUGAGGAAGGAGCAGGAAAAGAAAGCCGCAGAGCUGGAGGCAAGAAAGAGAACGAUGCAGGAAGAGAUGGAAAAGAUGGCCGAGAAUGUCACGGCAGAAGAGAGGGCCCUGCUGAUCAAGAAGCAUGAAGAGCAGAUCCAUCAACUGGAGCAGGAGAACAUCAACAAACGAGCCAUGGUGGACGAGGAGCUGCAGUCUAAGCUCGCCAAGAGGCGGAACAAGAAGAAGAUGAUCCAGGAGAAGAAGCAGCAGGAAGAAAUCGCUCAACUCCAGGAGACCAACGUGCAGAGAGCCAAGAUGAUGAAGAAACAGAUGAGAGAGAAGGAGAUAGAAGCGCUCAAGAAGAUGGUGAAGGAUGGAAACGAGGCUGAGGCUCUUCAAAUCUUGUCCAAAUCUCAGAGCGAUGAGUUAGAAGAGGUCAAACUCCAGCAAUCCGCCGAGUGCGCCAGACAGCUUGCGGCCUGCGAGACUCAAGAGCUGGCAGACAAGCUGGAAGCUGAGCUGAAGCUCAAGCACGACAACGAGCUCAGUGACAUUAAGGCUGAGCAUCAGUCGCAGCAGAGCGCGUUGCUGGGCGAUGCACCACCCUCUGGGUCAGGCUCGAUGAACAAGAUCAACGAGAUCGAGGUGAGAGCAGAGCAGCUGAGGCAGGAGAAGGAGGAGCUCAAGGCUAGGAUCGAGGAGGAGAUCAAGAGGAUGGAGGUGGAGCAUGAAAAGCAGAUGCAGGAGGAGUUGGCCGUCUUCGAGAACAAGCGGAAGCAACUUGCCUCCCGAGCAGCCGAUAGACGAAAACAGAUGGAGAGUCGGAUUUCUUCGGCUGCUUCCAUGGGGCAGCAGACGAGGGAGGAUGUACAGAAAACGUUUGAGGAGGAGAGGAACGCGCUAGACUCAGCUCUCUCCGAAGAGCAGCGAAGACAAGACGAGUGGCUGAAGCAGAUGCUGAAACACAGAACGCAAGCGAAGCAAGAUGCCAUGAGGGGCAAGUACAGCGAGCAGCUCAACAAGUACGAAGAGGUCAUUCAAAGCUUGAUGGACCGCGUCGGCAAGGAGGAGAUGAAUUUCCGGUCUCAGAUGAGCAAGGAGGAAGCAGACAACGCAUGGAAGGUUGUCUCCGUCGCCAAGUGGACCAUGGCGAGCAAGUUGAACCGACCGGAAGUCAAAGCUGCCAACAAGUGGCUGCGCAAGACGUUCAAUCGCAGCCUUCGCAUGAUGUACCCCAACAUCAACCCCAACUACUUGAAUGCCCUCCAAUCCACCAGCAAAGUUGACCUCAGAGGGUCGAGGAGCGCCUGGAGCCUCAGGGAGAAUUCUCCCCGCAAGGAGCCCUCUGGCUCCCGCCCUUCCUCCGCCUUGCGCUCUCCGCACGACACGUCUCCGGACACGCCAGCGCUUCAACUUCAGCUCAGAAGGCAGCAGAGCGAGAUCGAGAGGCUUAAGCGAGCCGUUGAAGAUCAAAAGGCAGGUGGCGAGCAGCCCAGCUCGGAGGUUAACCGGUUCAAGAUGGCGAGGUCAGAGUCGGCGUAUGGGCCGUCCAAGGAGGAGGUGGUGGCGCUCCUCAAGGAGUGGGAGUCGCCGAUCCUUCCCAAGCUGGAGGAAGUGGAGAGGCUGCUGAGACUUGUCUUGGAAGAGAAAUAUGCAACCCCUCUCAAGUGA